AUGGCAAUCGAGAAUGCUGCCUUGGCCCAGGACUCGAAGAUCCUCAUCACAGGUGUGAAUGGCCUUGUCGGUUCGCAUGUAGCAGACCAAGUGCUUUUGCAUGGCUACAAAGUACGUGGGGCUGUCAGAAAUGCGACCAAGAACAACUGGUUAGUAGAUUUCUUCACACUGCGGUACGGCAAGGGCAAAUUCGAGCUCGUCGAGAUACCCGAUCUUACGAAAGAUGGAGCAUUCUCCGAGGCAGUGAAAGGGGUUGCAGGAGUUAUCCACGUCGCUUCGCCCGUAGACAUGAACCCAAACCCUGACAUUGUUAUCCCAACGGUCGUCAACAGCACACUGAAUGCACUGAGGGCGGCCGCCAAUGAAAGCAGUGUCAAGCGCUUCGUGCUCACAUCGUCUGGAUCAGCAGUCGUCUUUCCCAAGCCAAAUAACAAAGUUGACAUCACGCCCGAGACUUGGAACGAAGAAAGCGUGCAGAUUGUGCAGAAUUUCCCCGAGGACCUGUCUGAUAUCCAAAAAGGCUUUAUCGUUUACAUGGCAAGCAAGGUUAAGGGAGAGCAGGCUUUGUGGAACUGGGUUAAGGAGAAUCCAUCUUCCCGCUUGGUCGUCAACUCUGUUCUACCCGGUGGAGCUUUUGGCCAAGUCCUUAGCCCUGAGCAUCAAGGGUUCCCCUCGACGACGGGUCUCAUUGCAGCGCUUUUUACCAACAACACCGAGUACAUUGACUUCUUUAUUCGCGAUUAUGCUCCUGAGUACUUCGUCGAUAUCCAAGACGUUGGACGGCUCCAUGUGGCAGCCCUAGUACACCCAAGCACAACUGGAGAACGCAUUUUCGCCUACAACACCCCAUUCAACUGGAACAACAUACUAGCAGCCUUGCGAAAAUUAUUCCCUAACAAAACAUUCAGAGAUGACGAACCGGGAUUGUGGGAUGACCUCUCCACGGUAGAGCCGGCCAAACGUGCGGAAAAGUUGUUGCAGGAGAUGGGGCGACCUGGGUUCACGGGCCUGGAGGAAAGUCUUAGGCGAAAUGUUGAAAGCCUUGUCGAGCCGAAGACUUGA